UGUGCUUGCCGUUUCAUAUACAUAUCUAUGAUAUAUAGUUUGUUGGAGUAAAAGUGUAUUUACGAGCGUGCAAAAAAAGAAAAAGAAAAAAAUGAACAAAGCAGUGAACGCAUUUGUAACAUGCGAACAAUUCAAGUCGUUCUUGAGCGUUAAUUUUAAAGACUUUGAAGAACUUUUAGGCUUUUCUGCAAUUCGAGCUUUGGAAGAUGGUGAAAACUAUAUAACAACAAUAAUAAGAAUUCGAGCUGAUAUAAAGCUAAAAGAUAAAAGCCGUCAGCGCAUUUCUUUCAUAUUAAAAAUUCCACUAAAGCUAAGUGAAAAUAAUAAAGUUAACGACAAAGGCGAAAGCCAAAGCGAAGUGGAAGCACCAACAGACUAUCAUGAGCUCUUUGUCUCGGAAGCGGAUAUGUACGACAACAUCGUGCCAGAGUUGGAGCAAAUAUAUGCAAAGUUUGGUAUUCAAUUGCAUUUCAAAGCAAAACGGUACCGUUUCGCUCACGAAUUAAGCUGUAAUUACAUACUUAUGGAAGAUCUACAGGCAAGGGGAUUUGAAAAUAUGCCGCGGCAAAAGGGUCUCGAUGUCGCUCAUACGAAUGCAGUGCUAUCGAAGUUAGCACAGUGGCAUGCUGCAUCUGCUAAGAGAGUGGAGGUCAGCGGUGUUUACCCAGAGGAGUAUGUGAAUAGCUAUUUCACAGAUGAGCAUAUGACAUUCAUUGACAGCAUGAAUACAACAUUCAAUGAGCCGUUCAAACAGUGCUUGGAGAGCUACAAUUUGUUGACCCGAGAGAAAGAGAUAAUAAUCAAUUACAUGCGUAAUAUGAACCAAUUAUAUUCGAAAUUCGGCACAGUUCAUCCGGAAAACUUCAAUGUUCUCAACCAUGGUGAUUUUUGGAUCAAUAACAUUAUGUUCCGACAUGACGACGAUGACAGAACUGCCGUAGAGGAGGUGAUAUUUGUCGAUUUUCAAUUGCCCAAGUUCGGCAGUUUCGCAAUGGAUUUGUUUUGUUUCUUAAUGACUUCGCCGCAUUGGAAUAUAAAAUUGAAAAGCUUUGAUAAUUUCGUUGGGUACUAUUAUCUGGAGUUGGUACGAAAUCUGAAAAUAUUGCAGUACUCGAAAUCGAUACCAACACUGGAAGAUCUAAAGGCUCAAUUAGAGAAACAUGGUUUGUGGGCAUUUGUUUGUGUUCAACGCAUGCUGGCUGUAGCUUUGCUGGAUCCGCAAGAAAAUUCCAACAUCGAAACCUUCAUGAGCAACAAUGAGGAAGGGAAGGCCUUUAAAAAACGAAUGUACUAUAAUCCCUUAUACGUGGAACAAGUGAAAGAGAUUUUGCCGUGGCUAAUAGAGAAACGUUACCUACAUUAUAUGACACAGAUCUCAUAAUGGAUUAUUAUUUAAGCCUUUUAUAUAUACUCAAACAUUUUCAUAGAUAUUUAGGUAAAAUGUAAGUGGGUAUACGAGUAUAUUAUAUAAAUGUUUAUAUAUUAACGAAUUUAAAAUUAUUAGAAUCUUAAGCGUUUGCCAUUUUUACAACUCGGUAUAUAUUUCUAUUUUGGUUAUUUAAAUAAAGGAAAAAUUUAUUAA